AUGAUAGUAGAUGAUUACGAUUUCAAAAAUGUACGUCACAUCUAUACGUAUACGUAUGUACACCUAAUAUUGUAUGAACAGUCUGUGUUUGGUACUGUGGGUACCAAACGCAGUGUGCUUGGUGCUGUAGGGAGUGUAUUGGAUACUGUAGAGACAGUAUGCGCUUGUUACUGCAGGGAGAGAAGGAAGUUUGAACAAGGCAAAUACUAUUGCUUUAAUACUGUGCAGAGGCAAUUAAUGUUUCUUAUUAACAAAAAUAAUCUUCGAAGGAGGAUAAGGAAAUUGAAACUAUUCAAUCAAUUGGAUAGUAUGGCAGUGAAAUAUUACCGUAAUUAUAAGUUGAAAGUAUUAUAA